AUGGGAAUUUCUUUUCAAAAAAGUGUAUCAUCAAUUUUCCCAUUUUCCUUGUUAUGCUUCAUCCAGUUUUCUUCAAUUUCUUGUGAGGAAAAAGUUUCUUUGACUUUGUAUUAUGAAAGCCUCUGUCCUGGUUGUUCCAAUUUCAUUGUUAAUUAUUUACCUAAAAUUUUCAAAAAUGGGAUGAUUAAUUUUGUUGAUCUUAAACUUGUUCCUUGGGGAAAUACAAAGAUUCAACCCAAUAACACCUUCAAAUGCCAGAAUGGUCCAGAUGAAUGUUUUCUGGACACUGUUGAGGCUUGUGCUCUUGAUGUCUGGCCACAUUUGAAGGAGCACUUCCCUUUUAUUUACUGUGUGGAAAGUUUGAUCUACCAUAAGAAUUAUAUCCAGUGGGAGACAUGUUUCGAAAAACUGAAUUUGAAAAAAAAACUCGUUACUGAUUGUGUUGGCAGGGAACGAGGGAAAAAGCUUGAACUACGUUACGCAGCUGAGACACCUCCGCAUAAAUUUGUGCCAUGGGUUGUUGUUGAUGGCCAACCGCUUUACUCUGACUACAGGGAAUUCAUAAGCUACAUCUGCAAAGCUUACAAUGGAACCGCGCCAGUCCCUGGGUGCAGCUCAUCUAAUUCUUUAAGUUUCACCAGUUCCCUAAUCAAAUGUUUAUAG